UGUGCCGCUGCGACGUGACAAUGGCAGUAGUCGUUAUUAUGUGGGAUAUUGUGAUCAGCUGAUCGGCUGGCAACGACUACUGCCGGAUUAUAAUUAAUUAAACAAAAAAAAAGUUUAUUAGUUUAUGAAAAUAUUUAAGUAAGUAAAACACAAAAAUGGAUCCGCCAUGAUCACUGUAUAAUUAUGCGGGUUUAGUUAUUGUUUUCAAAGUGUAUUUAAUUUUGUUUGUUGUUUUUAUUUUUGUUUUUAUUUUGUGUUCUUUCUUAUUGCUCUUCGAAAAGUGCACAUGUGCGCGUGUGAGUCAAAAGGCGCGAAAAUCGCAAUCAGAAACAGGAGAUAAAUGUAUCGUAAUCAUGCCUGCAAGGAAGUACAGAAGGGAUACAAGUGAAGUGAGCUGCUGUCUCAAAUAUGUGAUCUUUGGAUUUAAUGUUUUGUUUUGGUGGCUUGGUCUUGGGAUUAUGGCUGUUGGUGUUUGGGCAUGGAAGGAGAAGGACACUUUCAACAAUCUCUCCCGUCUUACAAAUGUCGCUCUCGACCCGGCAUUUAUCCUCAUUCUAGUCGGCACAGUAACAUCGGUUAUUGGAUUUACAGGAUGUGUAGGUGCACUCAGGGAAAAUACAUGUCUUCUUGCUGCUUAUGCUGUAUUUUUGGGAUCAUUAUUACUCCUGGAAAUGACGAUUGGAAUACUAGGAUUUAUUUUCAAGGAUUGGAUUAAAACUCAAGCAACAGGAGGUUUUCAAGCAUUCAUCAUUCACUAUCGAGAUGAUCCAGAUCAACAAAAUCUCAUAGAUUGGAUUCAAGAAGACUGGUUGCAAUGCUGUGGAAUCGAAGGACCAAAGGAUUGGGACCGUAAUAACUAUUUCAACUGUUCUUCAAGCGAGAUUGGUUCCAGUGAAGCCUGCGGCGUGCCUUUUAGCUGUUGCAAACGGGAGCCCAACGAAAUCACCAAGAAUAAACAGUGUGGUUAUAACGUACGGAAACCUGGCAAUCCAGGAGAACGGAGUAUAUUUGAACGAGGUUGCUUGAGGGCAGGCGAGGAGUGGCUAGAAUUGAACCUCGUGCCCGUUGCAGGCAUCGUCGUGAGCACUAUGGUUCUUCAGAAUUCUGAUGUUACAAUUUAUGAAAAAGGAUGCAUUCAAGCAGGAGAAGAAUGGAUUGAACGAAAUUUACUUGUUAUUGCUACUAGUGCAAUAAUAACAGCAUUUGCCCAGAUUCUUGGGAUUUGUUUUGCGCAGAAUCUACGUGCUGACAUAUUUGCGCAAAAAGCAAAGUGGCACUGACAAUCAAGAGCCCCCACGGCAGUUUAGCAUCUUGUUCUAGUGGAUGCUGAUCGAUCGCGUUGAGUAAACUGAGCUUCGUCAAAUGUGACUGUAAUCCAACUGAUUUAAUAUGAAAUGAAUAUUUUCAUUAAUCAAUUACACUGAUAUACACCCUACAUGAACAUGAAAAACAACAAGGUACGAUUGAAAAUAUCACAAUGGACUCUAAUACUACUGCAUAAAGAAGAAUAUUAAAAAAUUUCAUUAUUUAAAAUUUUACCAAACCUAUUUUCUAAUAUUAAUAAAUAAAAUUCCCUUAAUGCUGAUCGAUUAACUAUAAAACUCUGAAUAUUUAUGAAAUAUUAAACAAAGAAAAAUAGAGUUAUAAUUACUUGUAAAUAUUCAAUCAAAUUUGAUGCUGUUAUAAAGACAAAUUGAAAAUAAUAACGUGCUUUAUUCCGUCCAAGGGAUCGGAUAAUUAUUUUUCAAUAAUAAAAAUUCAUAAUAAAACUCCUUUUUAUUGUCAUAAAAUAAUCAUUUUAUCAAUAAUCCGAUUCUGUGAAAGACUGCUAUAUAAAAAUUCAUUUACAGUGGUACAAUGUUAACAAAAUUGUUCGAUCAGCUUUUAUUCCAUACAUUCAAAUAAUCCAUAAAGGGACAUUUUAUUUUUUUCUCUCAUGAUAUUUUAAAAUAAUUUGAAACCAAGACAAAUUGAUAUAUAAAAUAAUUCAUACCAUUUUUUGUCUUUAUAAUGGUGCAAUAUGUAAUAUAAAAAAUUAUUAAAACGUGUAAAAGUGUGGGUGUUGAAUGUAAUAAUCAACGCGUGGUCGUGGGGGCUGCAACGAGUUAGGGCCGAUCUCGUUGCAUAAACUCGGUAUAUGCGAUACUAUGGCCGUUAUAAGUAAUGCAGGCAAACUUUCGUUUACGCCAAUUAGGCGUUUAAUUAGUUACUAAAACUACUUUCGGGACUAUCGAUUAUCUUCUUCAUGAAUAACUCGUUCAAACACGCGUAGGUAAUAUUCGUGUACUAUAUGGACGGACGUCUCGAUUUUCUCUGCCAUUAGGCGCUUAUUAUUAGACUGUAUAUUUUAAAUAAACUACCGACAAAGUUACGAGUAUUUUAUGAUGGUAAAUAAUUUGGUAAAUGUGUUGAAAAUAGAUCUACAGAUUUUUUUCAAUACUAAUCAAUUAAUAAUUCAAAUGAAUAAAACCAUUAUAUAAUUAUCUACUUUCAACGCUAGUUUAUCAAUCAUCUAUUCAAUUGGAUAAAAUGGACGGUAAUUUGUUGUCAUGAAUGGCAUUUGAAUAAAAUAAUAAUUUUAUCGAUAAAAUAAUUAGAUUAAUGGUAUGCUGGAUAAUCUGAGAGAUCUAUUUUUAAUACAUUCAUGUAAUGUAACAAUAAAAAUAAUUCAAGAGAAGGUGCCUAUAAAGCCAGGAAAUCGAGAAUUUUCGACUUUACUAAUUUAAAUA